UUCAGACAUUUUUAUCCACGGCCUAGAUCGAACGCGACCUUGUCUUAAAAAUUCGUGGACGUUUGCUUGCUUUCGUUCCUGACAUGCGAACAGGAUCAAACCCUUCUCCAUAUUUAACACGGGACAAACUGGUGGUGGGGCUGCUUCUCAACGUGGUGGUCAUGCUGCUGGCCGCGCUGGACGUGAUCCUUGUAGGCUCCAUCCUCAAGGGGCAGAUCCCCGCCCGUUUCGGCAUGGGCGUUUUCUCCUGCUUGUGGUCCCAGCUCAUUUUUCUGCAACGGUCACCCAUUCUGCUGGACUGCGUGCAGGGUCUCAUCACACUGACGUCGCACCUGGAAAAAUCAACUACUGCUCUCAUGGCACAGGAACGCAUGCGGAAGACUGCAAUGCACAAUGUGUGGCUGAUCCGCUUCUACAUCUUCUACACUGUGGGCACCCAGUGCAUCAUCAUGGUGACGUUCGUGGCUGUUGAGCCAGAGUGGCACAAGGCCAUCGCCAGCGCCGCGUCGUAUUUGGCCCACGGGGAAGUCGAUGAGCGACACCUGGCGUCGUGGCUGCGGUGGGGAGGCCUGGUGCUGCAGUCGUGUGCCUUGCUGUGCUCCCUCGUGUCCUACUACACCAUCAUGUCGUUGGUGUUCCUGCUCCACGCCGCGGCCGCUGACGUCCACGACGUGAUCGGCCGCAUGGUUGAGGCGUCGCCCUGCUCGAGGCUCCACACCGCCCUGCAGAGUGCCGUGCUGCGAGUCUCGUUGGGCGUGGAAGCGACGACGGCAGACAUGCUGCCCUACCUGCUGGUCGUCGUCGUCAUCCUCCCGCUCAUCAGCACCGUGGAGUUAACUGUGUAA